AUGGAAGGUGUCAAGACCUUUGACCAGCGUGGCGAGUGGGUGAACGUGUCCGGAACGUUGGCUGUCAAAGGUUUCAAGGCGGGCGUGGCGGUGUACAACCGCCAGGAGGGCGAUGAGUCUGUGUAUGGGAUCAAGGCAAUUGAUGGGCAGAAUGUGAAGAUGCAGACGGGAGACGUAGAGCGCACCAUAGAUGCCGAGGACUUCAUGCGAAACAAGUUCGCAAUAUACGACAUCAAGAAAGAGGUAAUCGACCAGUUCGACCAGUUCAGCCCAUUGAAUUGCAUGGACUACCACUGGGGGGUCGAGGAAGCUCGGAUCAAGAUUGCACUCGACGAAGUCUAUUCACAACAUAGUGCUUGCCUCAAGCAUAUCACGGCGAUUCAUUCGCCAAUCAAAUAUAAAGCGGUGUCAGUGAAGAAGGAGUUCAAGAAGGACGCCAUCGGACUUGUUCCGUUGACGACAACCAUAUCGCUCAAGAAGGCGACGGAUGAGAUCAAUAUUGGCAACGUUUGCCUUAGGAAGUAUACCGACCCUGCCAAGCAUACCGAUUACAACGUCGCGUUGAUGGCCGUUGGCGGGCUCAGGCUCAAGCGUGAAGAGGGUGGGACUGGCAUUGGUGGUCUGAAGCGCGUGCCAGAUCAGUACGGGGUGCCUUUCUGGUUGGUCGGCGUGUGCACCGCGAAGGAGAAGCCAAACUUGGCUGUGACAUUUGUGACCGCCACGAACGGCAUUAAGGUUCCCAUCCUCAAAAACACGGUCGAGCUCAAGAGCGGCGACAGGUUGCGCAUGUCCGAGGACACAGCAAAGGCGCUUGCAAGGAAAGUUGCACUGUCCGACGCCACGCCCGCCAAGCCCGCCAAGAAAAAAGCAAAGACGCAGUGA